AUGGAUCUGGUUAUGCGGCAUGAGAAUGACAAACUUGAGCAAAAAUAUCAUGCCGCGUCGAAGCGGGAUACGACUCAUCGCGGACGGAUUUCCUCCUAUUCUCUUUCACCUCAAUCCGAUCAGUCGAGUUCCGAUCGCACCGAGACCUUGGUUUCUUCCAUCGACAGACUGGACAUCAAUCAUGGAAAGAAACUUGAAUGGCAGGUUGGCCGCAUCACUCCACCCUUGGCUCAGUCGAACAGCGAGGUGGCCAUCCCCUUUUUCGUUGCCAACUUCGACCAAGGAGUAUACCUUGAUUAUCUGCUUAAGUUGUACGGGACCACUAACUGGUCACCAAUGCUCAAUGCAAGCUUUGAAGCAGUGGCCAUGUCCUACCUUGGUUCUCACCAGCGCACCACCGACCUGAGGCGAAAAACAAUGGAGAGGUACUCGGUGGCGUUGCGGAAGACCACCAAUGCCGUAUCUACACCGGCAACGGCUGCCCAGGAUGACACCGUUGCCUCAGUCAUGCUUCUAGCUCUCUUCACCGCCUUGUCAUGCGAGGAUACAGCCGAAGCUUCGCGCAUCUGGUCAAAACAUGUCAAUGCGGCGAUGAAUUUGAUGGUCUUGAGGUCACCUCAAGGACCCGACGGACCCGUUGUCCAAAAUCUGCUGAGCCAUGUUAUCGGUUCGAUCCACCUCGACUGUUACGCACAAGGCAAAGCCUUACCACGUCUUCUAACUCUUCUCCGCCACCAGUCUCUGCUCUCCACCGACGACUUUCAACUUCGCUUUUGGGACCUGAUCGAUGCGUUGAUAAACUUGAGGCUGGCCACUGCCGAAAACCGGAUUCACCAUCUUGAUGUGAUCAAACAAGCGCUCGUUCUGGACGGGCAAGCACAGGCCUUGUAUGGAGAAUUGGCAUUGACUCACGACAUCAUAGCCCAUUCGGAAGGAGGCAUCUGCAUCUCAUGUGACUAUCAGAGUCACCGUCGAACGCAGGCAUGCAACACAAUGCGCAUGAUUCGGGUUGAUUUGAACGAGCUUCUCUUGAGUCACGCAAAGCGGUGUAUGACGUUGAUUCAUGACUGUCACAGUACCUCAGAUCAAGAAUGGUUGGAAAUGCAGGCAAAUCGUGCUACUGUGUUGAUCCGGGAAGUCGUCGAAGAACUAUACGAGAGCAUACCACCUUUCCUGAAAAGGGGUCAAUAUCGCCGGACCGUCGCGAAUCCAAGAACAAAUAGUGACAUGUGGAUAUGCAGCUUUCUCUGGCCUCUUUCGAAAGUAGCCGCGUUGUCGGAUACUCUGUCAGUGGAAUUGAGGGAUCGGAUUCGCCGCCAACUAGAGCACUUCGCAGAGAUCUGCAAUAAUCAUCAGCUCUCCAGGGCGAUCCUUCAGCAAGCGCAGGGCAGGUUCACGCUAGUUCAGUAUGUAUUGCUCCCGACCUUAGGGCUCGACUCCGCCUAG